AUGGCAGACACCCGAUUUUGCAUAGAGUACGCCAAACGCGGCACAGCCGGCUGCAAGAAAUGCAAGGCAAAGAUCGACAAGGAAGUGCUGCGGAUCGCCAAGAUCGUACCCAACCCGUUUUCGGACAGCGGAGGCGACAUGAAGCAGUGGUUUCACGUCGACUGCAUCUUCGAGCAACUCUCGCGGGCGCGGGCGACCACCAAAAAGAUCGAAGAAGCCGAAGACUUGGAAGGCUGGGCAGACGUUCGGCCCGACGACCGUAAGGUGGUCCUCAAACACAUCGAUGAACUUACCAGCAAAGCCGGCGCUUCAGGCGCGACGCCCAACAAACGAAAAUUGGCAUCCCCGAAAGGAUCCCCGUCCAAGAAGCAGAAGCUCGAACUUGCAUCCCCGAAAACGUCGCCUGGAUCAACCGCUACGACACAGAGCGACUUCAACGUAGCCGAUCUCGACGACGUACCGUCCAAGAGCACUUCCAAAGACGAUUCGUUCAAGGAGUUUCGUCGCCUCUGUGCCGCCAUUUCGGAAGAGUCGACCUACACGGGCAAGACAGCCAUAGUGGCCAAGUUCUUCAAGGAGGGCUCAACGGGCAAGGGUUUCACCGGAGACCUGUACCUCUGGACCAAGUUCCUGCUGCCAAUGGUCAACAAGCGCGUCUACAACCUCCAGAGCAAGCAGCUGGUCAAACUCUUCAGUCGGAUCUUCGGCAAUGGCUGCCUAGAAGAGAUGGUCGAAGACCUCGAACAGGGGGACGUUGCGGAAACGGUGCGAAUCUUCUUCGAAAAAUAUGGUUCGCCUGCUUCCAAGAGCAAGCUGACCCUGCAAGACGUGGACCACUACUUAGACCGGCUGUCCAAGCUUACCAGGGAAGACGACCAGGAACAACUUUUGAGGCACCUCAGUGUCCGCUGCACGAGCAACGACCUCAAGAUGGUCGUUCGACUCAUCAAGCACGACAUCAGGAUCAACUCGGGACCCAAGCACAUUCUCGAAGCGCUCCAUCCCAACGCCUAUCAGUCGUUUCAGGCAUCUCGGAACCUUGAAGACGUCGUGCGGACUGCAAAAGAAGGGAAUGUCAGCGUGUCUGCAAGUCUCAUGACUCCAAUGAUUCCGAUGCUGGCUGAGCCAUGUGGAUCUCCGGAUGCCGCCUUUGCUAGGUGUCCCGACGGGAUGUACGCCGAGAUCAAGUAUGAUGGAGAGAGGGUUCAGCUUCACAAGCAGGGAUCCAAUUUCCUCUUCUUCAGCAGAAGCUUGAAGCCAGUGUCUCCCCACAAGGUACAGCACCUGAAAGACUUCAUCCCCAAGGCAUUUCCGCAUGGCAAAGACCUUGUAUUGGACAGCGAAAUCCUGAUGGUCGACACGCAGGCCGGGAAGCCAUUGCCGUUUGGCACUCUCGGCAUCCACAAGCGCGCGGCGUUCAAGGACGCGUCUGUCUGCCUCUUUGUCUUCGACUGUCUCCACUACAACGGCCGCAGCCUCCUUGACACGCCGCUGCGACAACGCAGGGAAGUCUUGCAGGCCAACAUGACUCCCAUCAAGAACCACGUCAUGUUCAGCGAGAAGCACGUCAUCAAGACGCGUGACCAGCUACAAGAACUCAUAGCAGAUGUCCUUAACCAGGGUCUCGAAGGCCUCGUCCUCAAAGACCCGGAUGGUGUCUAUGAACCUGGCAAGAGACACUGGAUGAAGGUCAAGAAGGACUACUUGGAGGGAGGGAGCAUGGCUGACUCAGCAGAUUUGGCUGUUCUUGGAGCUUACUUCGGGACGGGCAACAAGGGGGGCAUUAUGUCCAUUUUCCUCAUGGGAUGCUGGAAUCCAGCUACGGGACGUUGGUGCACGGUCACCAAGGUCCAUGGUGGCCAUGACGACGCAACCCUGGAGCGUUUGCAGACGGAGCUGGAGAUGACCAAGAUCUCAAAGCAGGCAGACCGCGUUCCACAUUGGCUAGACGUUCAGAAGCCUCUUGUUCCGGAUUUUGUGGCCAAGGACCCCAACAACACCCAAGUCUGGGAGAUCUCGGGGGCAGAGUUCACCAGGGCAGAGAUCCACACAGCCGACGGAAUCUCUAUCCGGUUUCCAAGGGUAACACGGAUCAGGUACGACAAGACGCCUAAGGAGGCAACCAGUCUUCCCGAGCUGCGGAAGCUCUUCAAGGUGUCCAAAGAAAAUCCUUUCGAAGCGGGUAAGAAGACGGAUGCUGCCAACAGGUCCCCACAAGGAGAGGACAGCAGUACAAAGAAGUCACCACACAGGUCACCUCAAGUAGAGGACAGUGGUACAAAGAAGCAAUCACCCGUUGCUUCAUCUCCCAAGAAGAAGAAGCUGUGCGAUUUUCCGGACGUCUUUACGGGAGUGACCAUGUUUCUUCCGGAAGACCGUCUGCUCAGGAGGUACUUUGUUGCAUACGACGGCCACCUCGCUAAAAGCGACAAAGACUCUGUGACGCACGUCUUGAAAGGAGACCGUGUUAAAUUGAAAGCUAAAAGGGUCAAUUUGAAUUGGCUUUGGGACAGUAUCAAACUCCAACGACGGCAAGAUGAAGCCAAGUACGCAUCGUAAAGUACUGUCGUGCUGAGGUACUAAUAUCUUUGUAAAGCAUCAUCUCUGUGAGGUAUCAUCAUCAGAACACCUUAGUCCAUAGAUUGUGUUGGAAAUAAUGCUUUAACAUUUCUUUCAGGACAAUGCUGCCAAUAGUGCUUUGAUAACAAAAGGUGCUUUUAAUGUUCUGACAAAAAAAAACAAAAAAACUGGCACUUUAUUUGCUGUCAUUGCUCCAGCACCAAAGAUGCCUGCUUGGAUAUAACCGCAAUGCUCAGCAAACUGUCACUGCAAUUAUGUAAUAUUAUGUGUUUUAUAACACCGCCAUCCAUAAUGAAUGCACAAAGCGAUCCUGGUUUGAACUGUGUCUUUAUUGAUGGGUGAAGUGGGUGUAAUCUACACGCAAGUAUCGUGUGCCUCGUCUAAUUCCAGCUGGGAGUCGCUACCCGACAGUUUUCCCAGGACCUCUGAAAAAUAAGGAGAAAAAGAAAAGUCACCAAACCUGGAUAUUUUUGGCAGCAUUUUUAUUAACAAGCAAUUGCUUACAAGCAAGACAUUCUCCACGAAAAAGUCAGUUUACACACAAAUGAAAUAUUGCUGUCCGUGCCAUCUCCAUUAGGUAAGUCAGUGUUUUUCCAACACUAGCAGCACAGUGAAAUACCACUCAAACAAACUCCAGCUGAGCAAGCUAUUCAGUUCAACAAACUUCAGUGAAACUCCCCGGCAAAACAACGAUAUGUAUAAAGCUUGAAGCUUGUCCAAGUACUAGUUCAUUGCACUUCAAAUGCCGGUGACAGCCUCAAAAGUUAACCACCAAGUUUGUAAAACCUGUGCAGGGAGUUGAGGUAUUGCUAUUAUACAACUAGUUAUACUACUGCAAAAAUUGCAGAAAAAAACUGUCUUUACCACAGAAGGGUUUAUGAAGUUUGUAGACAUAUCCUGCUGCGUAUUUAAAGGGGAGCUCCGGUGAAAUAUUGAUGGUCAUUGGUUUUUAUAAAAAUGCUGACCAUGCGCUAAAUAUUUACCUUUGAGUAUGUCCACCAAAUAUCUCGUCAAAAUAAUCAUUUUCUUACGAGAAAACUAAUUCUAAAAAUGACGAGUACAUCUCGUUGGUGCCACUCUACUGGCAACAACGAGCGGGGGCAUUCCUGACGUCCUGAUGUCAAACAUUGUAUCCAAGAACAGACGACGUCUUGCGUCGAGUAGGGAGCGUCGUCUGCUAGUGACUAUGAGCGUCUGCUAGUGAGCAUCGUCUGCUAUAGUGUGAUAGUUGUGGUUUUGUCAAUUGCAUCUGGCUUUUGGUGAUGGGCUGUGGGGUGCAAUAACACCACAAAAAAAUGCAGCAAAGUGACAUGUCAUUGGUUUCCGACCGAGAGUUCUCUGCGACAGAAGUGGGUCCAAGCAGUCGGACACGAACACUGGCUCCUAGCCUUCGUGUCAUGCUAAAAAAGAGUGUGCAGCUUGCUAGCAAAUAAAACCUUCCGUGCCAUCCUGCUUCAAAGCGGCAUCUGGGUCCACGUGUCGGCGGAUCGCAAACGCAGCCCCCACGGGUUAAACCCCGAAGGCAACGACGGCGGAUCGAAUGGGCCGCGUCCGAAAUCUCGUGCUGAAGUCCUAAAACGUUAGCUGGUCGUUGCUUGACUAAGACGAGCUUGACAAAUUGUGGUCCAUUAUUUCCCACGGACGAUUGCGGCACCGUUUGGACCUCUUCCGACGCUGGGAGAAACGGGCUCGAGCUCUCUACAUGCCGAUGUUUGUACAUCUGUUGUCACAACGAGAUGGCAGACCAGUAAAUUUGCAGGUUAGUUUCGGUUUCGGGUGUAUUGUAUUUGUAAGAUUAAAAAUGAUUUAAAAACUU